CGGAAGAGGAGGAAACUGGCCAAGCUAUGAGUGCAGCAAUUGCAACUUCUUUGGAAGAGGAGGAAACUGGCCAAGCUACAAGUGAAACCGAUGUUUCGUGUGAUGAAGAUGCAACAAGCUUCAGCGGGAGUGAGCUCAAUUUUGCUGCAGAGUUGAGCUCCGAUAGUGAUCCUGUUCAAGAAACAGAUGAAAUGGACAGUGAUGAUGAAGGAAGUGAACAGAUGCAUGAUGCCGAAGGAAGUGCGAGUGAAGCUGCAGGAGAUGAUGAUUUCAUUAAAUAUUUUGAAAAACUCGCACAGGAAACCCUACCUUAUCAGGCGACAACAAAAGCACAAGCUUUCCUGCUAGUGCUUACAUACAUUGUCACUGCAGGACUUACAUGGGCACAAGUUCAAGGACUUUUAACUCUGAUCAAUGCCUUGUUUGGGGAAAAAGUCGUGCCAUGCACUACCUACUCCCUGAGAAAGCUGUGGAAGAGCAAAAAAGAAGCGUUGAGGGUGCACUUAUAUUGUCAAGCCUGCCAUAACUACCUCGGACUUUCUUGUGAUGCCAAAAACAAGUCCAGUGUCACCUGUGCUUCAUGUGGUGCAGAAAAGAAGCUUCAAGAGUUAAUGAGUUCCGGGAGUUUCUUUUUAAUGUUUAACUUGAAGCAGCAGUUGCUGGAACUUUUGAAACAAGUUGGCAGAACCCUCCUCACCAACUUGCAGAAACUGUCAUCAGGGCCUCUCGUGCCAGGCGUUUUUGUUGACAUCACCGACGGAAGUUUGUAUCGAAGUGUACGAAAGCAGUUAAACAUGGCCUGGAGUGACAUCACAUUGACCUUCAACAGUGAUGGGGCACCUGUGUUUAAUUCCAGCAAGAGCACAAUUUGGCCAGUUCAAGUGAUGAUAAAUGAGCUUCCAGUCUUGAUGCGGUGGCAAAAUGUGCUCGUCUCAGGGCUAUGGUUCUCAAAGACUCACCCACCGAUGCAUCUCUUCUUGACAAAGUUUGUUGAAGAAGUUACCAAUGUUGGAACUCUAGUGUGGUCUCAUGCUGGAAGGACCGUGAGAUCAGCAGUACACGCAGUUGCUUGUUGUGUGGACUCUCCGGCAAGGGCAGCUAUCUUAAACAGCAAGCAGUUUAAUGGAUACUUUGGGUGCAGCUGGUGCUUGCAGCAAGGUGAAGUUAUUGAUGGCACACUGAAGUACCCAUUUUGCAACCAAGUGCCUGACAGGACGCACAGUGGUGUAUUGAAAGCAAUGGUGCAAGCGGUGCAGAAGAAGGAACCAGUGUUUGGCAUCAAAGGUCCGUCUACACUGAUCAAGCUGCAAGGCUUUGAUCUCGUUUGGGGGCUGCCUCCCGACUACAUGCACUGCGUCUUGGAAGGUGUGACCAAACAGGUUACUGAAAUGUGGUUGUCAGCUACUGGUUCCACAUGGUAUAUUGGGAGGCACUUAAAACUAAUCGAUUCCAGGUUGCUCUCGAUAAAGCCACCAAUAAUCUUUUCAAGAUCGGGAUGGCCUUUGUCAGAGCGUGCAUUUUGGAAGGCUACAGAGUGGCGCUCUUGGCUUCUAUUUUACAGCCUUCCAUGUGUCUCUGACAUAUUGCCACGACCUUAUCUGACACAUUUCACACAUUUUGCAAAGGCCGUGUUUCUUUUAUUGAAGGAUGUUGUUCUGGAAAGUGAAAUUUGUGCUGCUGAGAAGUCUCUCUUAACAUUUGUUCAGCAGAUGGCCAAGCUUUAAGGGCAGAAUGCAAUGACUUUUAAUGUGCAUCAAUUAUUGCACCUCACAAGGUCAACACGAAUGUUUGGCCCCUUGUGGGCUACAUCAACAUUUCCAUUCGAAGAUGGAAUUGGCAAGGCACUGCAGCUUGUGACAGCUGCUAAAUAUGUGCCUGCACAGAUUGCUGAACGGUGCAUCAUGCACCAAACCUUGAGAACAGUUUCAAUGCAUAUGGAGCUUUCACCCAGUUUUUUGUCUGCCAAAAAAGAGCUAGAACAUAGCUAUAGGAGAUGCUCUCAGACAUGUGUUCUUGGACAGGCACAGCCAGUUCUUGAUAUGCCAGAGG